AGUUAGUUAAACGGAAUAACGAUGAAGGUGUGGAGUCUUCUGGAGAGAACAGCGAGAAUAACCUGCGUAGUGACGGAAGACUUGCGGAGUCCAGGUAUGACAGUUAGGGUUACUUAUCUUACUUAGCCGAGGUCCGCUUGUCCAGCCCGCCUGUGCUGUAGGUACAUUUCCGUUAUAUAACUAGCUAGCUGAAGAGUUUUCUCCGCCACAGUGAGUUUUCAGGUUGGUAGGCACAGUUGCAGAGGUAACUAGCCUCGUAGCUUCCGCGUGGGAUCCAAAGUCCGACCAUAAGCACCAGUUUUUGGAAGAAUUUUGCUGGUCGCUACCAACACGUGAUUGAUGUACAAUGUUCACUGAAAACUAUUAUCGUCCUCCCCCUCGUAGGCUCUUCGCUUGGCUUUUGCUGAAGUUCCCAUCUGACCUGGAGGAGCUAAAAGAAAUGGCACAACUCUUGCGCUAUUAUAAGACGGAACACGGCGGAUAUGUGCUGCUACUCUUCUGCAGUGCUUACCUUUACAAACAGACUUUUGCCAUCCCGGGAUCCUCUUUACUUAAUGUCUUGGCGGGGGCGCUGUUUGGGCCCUGGCAGGGUCUGCUGCUUGCCUGUGUUCUUACAACUGUAGGUGCCACUUUCUGCUUCCUGCUGUCCCGGGCAUUUGGGAAGCAGCACAUAGUGAGGCUCUUCCCAGACAAAGUUGCAGUGCUACAGAAAAAAGUGCAGGAGAACCACAGUAGUCUGUUCUUUUUGCUGCUCUUCCUGAGGUUUUUCCCCAUGAGCCCCAACUGGUUCCUGAACAUGAGUUGUCCCAUCUUCAACAUCCCACUCACCCUCUUCUCCAUGUCUGUCUUCAUUGGUUUGAUGCCAUACAACUUCGUCUGUGUGCAGACAGGCUCGGUGCUAUCCGAGCUCUCCUCUUUGGACCAGCUGCUUUCCUGGAGGGUUGUACUGCAGCUGCUGCUGGUUGCUUUCGCUGCCCUACUGCCUGGAGCUGUGAUCCGCCACUACAGUUGCACACGCCUGCAGCCUAGUAGCACUGCAGUGAAAAAGGACUAGUGACCCGUGGCCACGCACUGGGAAAGGACCGGUGACGCAUGGCCACGCACUGGGAAAGGACUGGUGACUUGCGGCCACGCCAGGCUUAGAGCAGCUUUUAAAUGGGCCACAGUCUGGCUGAACAGCCUCUAUAGAGGGGUACAGAAUUGUAUUUAUGUAUUUCAGGUGCUGAAUUUACGUUUGUUUGAUCUCAGAUGUUAAAUUGUGCCGUUUGUUUUUCUUUUGUGUCAUCAUUCAGUAUAAUUUAAUCAGCAGGGAUUAAGGAAGCAGAUUUUAACAUCAAUGAAUAGAGAAGGACUUACCAGAAUAUUAGUCGUCAUGGAGGAAGAUGGAGGGUUUUUAAAGUUUCAGUGUUCAAUUUCUGUGUUGUUUAUUACUGGUGUUUCCUUGUAUAUCCUGUAGAGGAGAUGAGGGAUGAGUUCCCCCAUGUUAUCUGAUCCUGUCACUGAAAUGAAAUUGACAUUUCAGCACCCUGGUUGAUGGGUAUUUUAACGUUCUGCUUAAUGGGUGGUAUUUUACAUGACAGCGCUUCACCUCACCCCAGUGCCUUUUUGUAGACAGAAUACUAAAGCCACAUUUACUUUGUUAAAAAAAAAUCCCUGUGUUAGCAAAUUCCUACUAGUUUUAUUUUGUAAUCAGAGCACAAAGAGCCCUGAGUCAAUAAGACAUUAUUUAAUACAUUGUAAAGUAUCACGCUAGCCAUCUAGAUUAGUGUUUCUGAAGGUUAGUCAUCCAGGUCACUGAGCACUCUGACACUGGCUUGGCUUUGUAGGGUAAUCUUGGUGUUUCUUCAGAAAGCGCUUGUUGAAGCCCCUUAGAUAACUGGGCAAAAUAUAAAGAUUUUACAUCAAGGUGAGCCACCUUGACUACUAGCUGAAGGUGGCAGAGCCCUUUAGGAGAGCACAGCUUCUGCCUUGCGAUCCUGAGCGGACACGUUUAUGAGGUUCUGGUGUGUGCAGCAGCUCUCUGAAGCACUGAGAGUACGUCUGAGGACAAUUCAGGACAAUGCUGAACAGAUCUAGUCAUUCCAGGAAUGUGUCAGCCAGUUACUUCUCUGAGGUUUCUCUGAAUAUGGGAUUGGGCCAAAGCAUAUUCAAUGAUGUGCGUUGUGUCUCAAUACCACUAUCAUUAAAUCACAAACGUGUUUAUA